AUGUCCGGGGGCAGCCGCCUGGAGAACGCGAACCCGGUGAUCUUCCAGCGGUCCGGAGAGAGGCUGCUGACGGCGACCGACGAGGAUGAAGACGUUCACGACCCCAUCGACGACAGAGAGAUCUUCGAUAUCCUGUUUCCAUCCAUCAACGACCCGGAGCAUCCUCUGUCUCUGGAAGAGCUCAACGUGGUGGAGCAGAUUAGAGUCAAGGUUCUGAGUGACGGCAAGUACCCAGCCUCAUCUCCUGUGGAUGCUGUGUAUCUCUGUGGCCUGGAGCUCAGNAUUAAUUACUUUGGUACAGAAAAGAUCAUAAAAACCUGA